UCUUUAUCCCAAAAAGAGACAGAGGAGAGUCUUCAGCUUUCUUUAUUCGAAUAAAGGGAGAGUCCACCGGGGCAUACUACUGUAGGGCCUCUUUUUUGGGAAUGCAGCCCCUCUCUUAUCCCUAUACCCCGAUGCUAGUGAGCCCUUUCCCCACUGGCUAAGGUACUCACAGUUCACAUUCUUCCCAUUCUGCGUAUCAUGCUCUCAUCCCCUCCCACUUGGUAUCUCCUCUUUGUUUCCUUUGUUCAUACAUUGUAAUCAAUUUAGAGUUUGCUGCUUUGGUCAACUAGAGUUAUCUUCGUAUCCCAUUUGACAAAGUCCACCCCCCUGCCCAGUCAAGCAGGCAAGAUUUACAAGUAGUUGAAAAAGCCUAUCUCACUUUGUCCUAUCAAGCAAGCAGAAUUUGCUAGUUGCCAAGCUAGCGUCUCCUGCUAUAUAUCUGCAAGAUACAUUUUAUUUUAAGCAAUUCUUCUUCUUGGGUUUUAUUUUGCAAGGACAUUUUAUCUUUUCUUCUUUUGUCUCAACGUCAGAGGCAGAUGUUGGUGGUAUGGUAGUAGAGGUAUACCUACUAGUAGGUUGCAUCUUCCCACCAAUAUUUGGCUCCAUGUUGUUGCUGGGCAACAGAUGGCAGUAGAGGGGCAGUCUGACAGAAUGGGAUCUGACAUGGAACUGUGUAUGAAGCAAAGCUGUGGAAUUGAAUUCCUCCAUGCGGGAAAAAUGUCAGCCUUUCACAGAUGCUUGCUGAACGUUUCUGGAGACCAAACAGUGAAUGCAAGCAUAACGAAGUGGUGAGUGAUGUGCUUCAGCAGUGGUGACAGCGAUGCGAAAGACAAUCCAUGUUCUGGAUGACCAUGCACAGCUGCCACGCCACGAAAUGAAAAGCAUCUUGAUCAGCUCAUCUGCACAUAAUUGGUUAAUGGCGGUGACUGCGUUGAGAAGUAGUGUUUUUCACUAAGAAUUUGCUCUACCAAGUAGCGUUAUGGUGCUUUAUCUGUUGUAGUUUCCAUGUAAAUAAAUAGGAAGCAUCACUUUCAGACUGACCCAUGUCUAUAUAAACGGCCUGCCCCCACAGGUAGGAGGUCAGGUACCUGUAGUGCACAGUGUAUAAAGAGUUACACCUGGAGCCGAAAUAACUCAGGACUUAAUGGGCAGCAGAUAAAGGUGAGUUCUGGAUGAUUAAGCCACUUCUCAGAGUACACUGUUACAUGCUGCCUUUAGAAGUAAAUACUGAAUGAAGCAGAGCUCAUCCCAAACAUUGCACACACUGACUUGCCUUACAAAAACUUGCAGCUGGUUCACUGAUACGUAUGGGAAAUGUAUGUUUUACCAAAAAAAGUACAUAUAUUCUCAAAAUAUAUGCCAGUUUGGGCUGACCAAGAAAUCUUAAAAAGAAAACAAACAAACAAAUGUGUUUACAAAGCAGUUGAAAUGCCAAGUUACUGCCUUACAGCUGAGUGGUUCAGUUUUCCAUGGGUUUGUACCAGAAGAACAGCAAGGCCACAUGCAAGGAAAUGUAAGAUUGCAAGCUUCAUCCUGCUCCAAUUCCGUGUAUUCAUUGUUUCAAUCACACGAUACUACCCAUUACUUUCCUCCGCGUUGCCUACUUCAGGGAAAACGGGCACUGACAGAUAACUUUUUGCCAGAAAGCGGCAAGAUCCGCCGUGUGAGAUCGUCACCGCUCAGUUCAGCUCCGCAGCUCUGCGCUCAGUGUGCGGUGAAGCCUUCGUUCUUCGCGACCCGUGCUGGAAGCGGCGCCGCCCCGGCACCCGGCAGCCGCCUUCGGAUCCGCGCCCGUCCCGCGCGGGGGCGGGCGGGGAGCUCGGUGUCUCGCCGCCCUCUUUCCUGCCGCCUAGCUGCCGCUGCCGCUGCCGCCGCUGCCGGCAGGAAGUUGGAGACGGGCUGGUUUCGCUCCGCGCCGCUCCGACCAGGGCUGGGCUGCGUCGCCGGCUUCUCUGCGCGCCGGGACCCCGCCAUGGGGACGUAGCGGGGAGCGGAGCCAUGCGCGGACUGGCGCUGCCCCGCAGCUCGCUGGGGACGGUUAUCCUAACAUUUGUCUGUGUGCUGAUGGAUGAAUCAGAAGGAAUUGCUCCAGUGCCAUAUAUGCUGCAACUCCGUCGGGUAUCUUUGGAUGCAAGAGAUCCCUUUAACAUCUUGAGGAGAGAAAAGAGGCAGGUGCGGUGUCAGCUUGGACAAUACCUACAUCCCAAAGGGACCCACUGCUGCAUGAGGUGCCAUGCAGGUACCUACAAGUCAGAAGAUUGUAAACGGCGUGACCAGGCCCCUGUCUGUCUUCCCUGUCCUAAUGGCACAUUCACAGCUGUUGACAACAUCAUGAAAAAAUGCUUCCAGUGUACACGGUGCCGAACAGAAUUGCAGCAGAUAGAAGAGACCCCAUGCACCCUAAAGCAGGAUACUGUGUGUGGCUGUCGGAAGAAUCAAUAUCAGUUUGGCCAUGCUGAUUUCUUUCAGUGCAAGAACUGUAGCCCAUGUGUUAAUGGAGUUAUUGCCAACUGCUCAAAGGACAGAGAUGCAAUUUGCAGGUGUAAGCCUAUGUUCUUCCUGACACUUAAUAACGUUUGCAAACAUUGCAACAGCUGCAUUGGAGAAGAAUGCUUGCAAUGCAAUAGCCCAGUGACUACCUCUCCAAAUUCAUCUGAGCUGAAUGGGAACCUUGUUCUUGGCAUCAUUGUGGCAAUAAUUGUAGUUAUCUGCAUCCUCUACGUUGUAACUAAAGCAGUGAAGCUGGUUCAGAAAAAUGGGAUAGCUUCUUCUUUCUACUCGUGUGUAUCUUUGCCACAGAGAAGCAAGGAGCCUGUAUCUGAGGUGGAGGUAAAAGGAAGUGCAAUUACUGUCCUUCCCGAGACCCAGAAAGAAAAAGAAUUGCUAGUGAAUGCAACACCACCAUCUGUACCUCUGCUACAAAGUUCACAUGAGCUACAAAGUUCACAUGAGCUACCAGACUGUGUCAGACCUGCCAGGAAGAGGCAGCUUCCAGACAACCCUGCUAUUCUCUACACUGUGGUCGAUCAUGUACCACCAUCUCGGUGGAAAGAGUUUGUGAGGCGUCUGGGUCUGACUGAGUAUGAUCUGGAGCGAAUUGAGAUGGAGCAUCGACGUUUACGAGAUGCCCAGUAUGAAAUGGUCAGACUCUGGAAACUGCAGAUGGGCCAUGCUGCAACUGUGGAGCACAUCAGCUGUGUUCUCAACCAAAUGGAGCUGAGUGGCUGCAGUGAAGCUAUUCAAGAGGCUUUGCUAAACCAGAACUCUCAUCAACCUUGCAGUUUCCACAGCCAUCUUUGAUCUUUCCCCUUGCUCUGACUGGUGAAAGAGGAUCAUAACUUCAUUUCUUGUCUUCCUUUUCCCAUUCCCUCCUAUCUUUCUAACCCUCCUUAAAUGGGUUAUUGGAAACAGCAGCAGCGUGUGCUGGAGGUUUGCUUUGCAACCACCAUAUUAGUUCAACUCCUUUUAAGCCAAGAGAGACCUCUGCAACAACUCCUUUCCCAAAGAGGGAAAGCACCUCAUAAAGGAAGUGAUAUGUGGACUCUGAUCAAGAUGAAAACAGGAGCUUAGAGUGACGUGAUAGCUCAGCUACUCUGCAGACAAGUUGUUGCUGAAGCAGGUGCUUCACUCACCAUGUGACAGGCUAACUGGCAGAGUGACUUGGUUGAACUGGCUGUUCAAAUGCUAAAAUACUUAUUCACUUUUUGCAGAUCUAUUUUUCUGCAAUAUCAGAUACUUAAACUGGCUCACAUUGCAGCCAUUUGAUUGCAAAAUCUGACUCAAGGGAAGUUGUGAGAGGACUUGCCUGCAACUGGCAUGUUACUUCUGGGAGCAGGAGAGGAUUGCUCCCUUUUGGUAUCAGCUACUUAUCAAAGUGCUGCACCUUUAGCUCUCUUACUGUGGCAGAAAUUGCAGAGAUUUGGAAGGGGUGGCUCAGAGAGAAACAGGAGGGCAUUAUCCUUUUCACACUCCCAUUUCCCUCUGAUUCCAGAGGAAUAAGGAUUCUGAGCCAGCGGGUCAGAUGAAAGGGUUGGUGCUUUUUCUAAAGUUUCUUUUCUGUAUAAAAACCAUAAAAAGCAUUAACAAAACAUGUGCCUGUAUGUUUGUCCUAGUGCAGAGAGGAAAAGAAUGCACGUGUCUGUGUGGGCGAGGAGGUACCUUUGUACCUGGCAGUGAGUGUCCCUGCAAAUCUGUGCUUACACACAGGUUGGUAGGCUUGUGUCUGCUUGCCUGUCUCUCCCUGAAUGAUUCACUGAAUCUGACCUAGCUGCAAAUGGGACGGUGUAUAUGUACAUACAUAUGAGUCUUUUUUUAGCAGCUGUUGGAUAACUUCACACUACUUUCUGGACUCCAUUAUGUAAGUGCUACUUGGGUGUAAGAGACAUCUGAUUCCAUCUACAAGCUCUCACCGUUGUUUUCUCAUGGCUAUUACCCUGAGUGAAGCAGAAGUAGCAAAAAGCAAUUAGCCUGCAUCAGGUGCAGGUCCACAUAUUUGUGAAUGUGGAUUUUUAAAAAUCUGUUGUCCCUUGACUAGAGAGAACCUUUCUACUGUAAAUACACUAAGUGCUCCAAAUUAAAAUUCAUAUUUUUAA